AUGGCAUUUUUGCCAACAUUUCACUGGCCCUCCGAAAAGCACUCUUUUGGUGUCGCCACAGCCGCACUGGCUGCUGCGGACACUGGCAAUCAGAGCUUGGUCGACGGGGGGGCUGUGACGACUGGCGGUGUCGGCGCUGGUAUUGGGGUUGGUGAGCCCGACUAUGUCUGCUCCAUCGGAGCUGGAGUUGCGGUCUCUUUGGCUAGCAACUCGGCGUCUUCUGCUGCCAGAAUGGUCGAAAUUGGCAGCGCUAGCCUUGGCGGCAGUCUGUCAGGUGAACAAGUUGACUUUUUGUUCACUUUGGAUCAGGGCUCGGCAGCUGACCGUCACGGCACAUCGAUGGGCUACCGCUCAUCUCCUCGAGAUCACCAGUCUGUGGAACAUUGGUAG